UCAAGCUUCUUUCCAUUGCUGCAUACAUCAAUGCAAAGGAACAAGGGAGAAGUUAAUUUUUUCAGAAUCCAAUUGAGCUCGCUCUCGUGACCCAGCCGAGUCAAGCUCGAGUUAUUCCUGAUUGAGAUUGUCCAAUCAAUCUCUCAACUUCCGAUCGCCGAAUCCGAUCGUGAGUUUUAAUAGAUAAUUUAAUGGUUAAUCGCCAUUUUGAUUGGCUUUAAUAUCUCAAUCAAUGAGGGUCUGUGGUUUGAGAAGGUGAUAGUUGUUUGUUAGGGCAAUUAGUUCGUAUUUUUUGAGCCCUCUUUCAAGUCGAAGAGGGGGUCUGGCCCCUUCUAUUCUGCUUCUUCUUUUCUUUUCCCUUUUUUGGAAUUUUGUUUUGAGGAGUUUUAAGUGAUGCUGGACUUUAGGGAAGGUAUGGUUAGGGUUUUGGGGUCAGGGUUAGGUUUUUAGUGUUGGUCCUUUGGGAGGUGUAGGGAUGGAAGAGAAUCCUGAGCUUGAGGAAGGCGAGGCUUUCCAGUACAAGGAUGAUGACGACAACAACAUAGACCCUGAGAUUGCUCUCUCUUACAUUGAUGAGAAGAUUCAAAAUGUGUUGGGUCAUUUACAAAAGGAUUUUGAGGGUGGGGUUUCCGCGGAGAAUUUGGGGGCUAAAUUUGGUGGCUAUGGCUCAUUUUUGCCUACUUUUGAACGAUCUCCACAACGAAACUCUGUUUGGCCACAUCCAAAGACUCCACAAAGAAACUCUAUAGCACUAAGAUCUCCUAACAAUUUGCCUGUGGAGGGUGCCUCCCAGUCCCAGAGUUUGAAAGUUCCCUCCGACAUUGCCCCAUCUGUGAAGGUUGGAACUGCUUCCUACAGUGCCAAUGCAUUUCACAAGCAAGGGCUGGCAUCUGGGGAUAUUUCAGUCAAGCGAGAUUCUAACAUGUCUUCUGCCCUAGUUUCUCAGAAGUCCAAUAAAAAGGUUGAAAAUUUCAACAAAUCAGGGAAUUUGUCUGACCAAAGAACACUGAAGGUCAGGAUAAAAGUGGGUCCUGAUAGCGUGGUGCGAAAAAAUGCUGCAAUUUACAGUGGUCUUGGGCUUGAUAACUCUCCAUCAUCAUCAUUGGGAAACAGUCCUAGGGAAAGUGAUGGAAUGAUGCCUUCAUCCCAACAGAUUGCAAAGGAAUCUCCCACUAGUAUUCUUCAGAUGAUGACUUCCUUCCCGGUCCCUGGAGGUGUCCUAAUAUCACCUCUUCAUGACAGUCUACUUUACUUGAUGAGAAAGGAUAGAUUCUCCAGAGACACCAGGACUGUGCCUCUCAUCAAGUGUAGUCAAGACAAUUUUGUUGCGAAGGCUGAUGAGUCAGUUUAUUUUAUGGGUAAUGGGAAACUGUUGAAGGGGAAGGAGGUGAAGUUUGAUGGGAAGAGUGAAAGGGCAGUAGAAGUGAAAAAUGGGAAUGAUACUUUUGAGAAUUCCAAAGCAUUUUCAGCCAAGAAAAAGAAAGAAAAUGGUACUCCAGAGAGCAAGGAUAUGUUGUCUAACAAAUUCCAGAGCAUGCCUUUGCUAGGUACAGCAAAUGAUCAUGAGACUCAGAAAGCAACUGGCAGGCCAUUUGAAGUUCCCAGGGCACCUGAUCAGGAUGGGGUGAGAGAUGGAUUGUUUUCUUCUGACUUGAUACAGGAAGACUCUUCAGAGUCCAGAUCUUGCCAGGGUAGUGGCAAGAGUGAGAAGAGAAAUGGUAGUAGUGGUUCGGUGGAAAAGUUUUCAGAACAUAGAGCAGUAAUUUUUGACAAGGAUUCGUCAGUUAACUUGAGGGGUAAUGCUACAUCCAAGAAUGGUAAAGCUUCUGUUCCUUCAAAAGGUUACUCUGAUGUAUCCAAAUACAAGGACGACCUUAAAGUGGGAGCACAAGCUCCUCCAAAACAGAGGAUUGGUCAGCAAGCUGCGUUUCAUGUACAGGAUGAAAUCUCCGUGCCUUGUGUUAAGGAAAAGCGAUUAAAGCAGGGCAAGAAGUCACAUGGCAAUGGAAAUAGCAAAAGAGCACCUGCUAUUCUAACAAAAGAAAGGUCAGGGAUUGUUGUUAGUGGAUCAACUAAAAAUAUGAUGGGUGCUGCUCACAGAGUUCCUAAGAGUAAAGAUAAGGCAAACAAGCUGAAGUUGCAGAAGGAUAUCAGUACGUCCAGACAUAAUCUUAGAGAUCCUUUGGACUUAAAAUUGGAAAAAAAUAGUCAAAUGGCUUUUCAGGAGGGACCUUCUGGUAGUUGGCGGAAGGAACCUACUGUAGAUAAUUUAGAAAUGGAACACUAUGCAUCUCUUGAUAGGUCGAGGGAAAGAUUUAGGGGUAAAAGAGUUGGUAACCAGCCGAUACCUGGGCCUUUUGCCAAAGAUGUUGCAUAUGCAGGCACUUCAAUUAGUGGAAAUGGAUUUUCUUCUCAAGUGGGCCCUUCAAUAAGUGGAAAUGGAUUUUCUUCUCAAGCAAUACCACCUGUUAUGGAUCCUAUAAUUGAACUAGAAAAUUGGGUCUGUUGUGAUAGCUGUCAGAAAUGGCGGUUGUUACCCUAUGGCACAAAGCCUGAGCAACUCCCUGAGAAGUGGCUAUGUAGUAUGCUGAACUGGCUGCAUGGAAUGAACCACUGUGACAUUAGUGAGGAAGAGACAACGAAGGCUGUUCAUGCAUCGUAUGCUGUGGGUCAAAGUCAUAUGCAAAAUCAUGCUAAUGGGAUCACUUCAGGAGUGAAUGUCCAACAUGUUGAUCACAAUUAUCAAAGUCUUGAUUCUCGUGCUGUGUCUUCACAAGGAAAGAAGAAGCAUGGUCUGAAGGAAAUAGCAAAGGCAGGUACAAAUAGUGGCAUUAUCCAGUUGUCAAGCUCUGCAAAAAAUCACUUGCAGGAUUCUGUAAAAAGCAGAAACUUAAAUGAUAUGAACCAGUUUCCUGCUGAAGUGAAUGUAAUUGACAAAUCUAGUUUUCAUCCUUCAAAAUCAAAUAACUUGGCUGCAGAACAGAAAGAGGAUCAUAUUGUUAGAGCCGGUGACACCAAGCGAGCAAAGAUGAAAAACAAUGGGGAGGCCAAUAAUCACAGACAUUGGACUUCUAAAAAAACCAAGAGAGAAGAUGCAUCUCAUGCUCAUAAGCAUUCUAAUUUGAAUAUGGACCAUCGGAGGAUGGAUCUCAAUUCAAAAGGUGAUAUGUCAACCAAGGCAAGUGGCAAAGACCUGCUAAAAUCAAAUGAGCACUCUUUUUUGGGGGAUGUGCAAUGUGAUACUAAUGAAAGAUUACUAGUUUCUGUGAAAAAUCUUGGGGAUGUCACUCAGGUUUCAUCAGAUGGUGGAUGCUUUGAUAUGAAAGCAAACGACAAAAUGAAUAUUUCUAUAAAGAAAAGGAAAUUGAAGGAGUGGCAGGACAAUCAGAAGGGCCUUGACAACAAUUUGAAUACAGAAGAAAUUGGUGACAAAGGAUUAACAAAGGAAAAGAAACUCAGGGUUUCAAAGAGUGGGGCUUCCAGUAUGAAUAACAAUAAUGAUAAUUUCGACAAAAAAGAGAAAGUGACUCGCAUUAUAUCAUUGGGAAGUCAAGAUCAUAAAAUUGAUGGUGUGGAAGCUUUAAGAAGUAUGAAGAAGGAUAAAAAACCCUGGAAACAUAGAAAAAAAUUUACAUCUGAACAAACUAUGGAUGGUGUAGAUUCAUUAAGAAAGGAUCUUGGACCUGGACAACUUUCAAGGACAGCCACGUCAAGCUCUUCAAAGGUUUCAGAUUCUCUCAAAACAAGAGCAAACUUUGAUGACUUGAAAGGCUCGCCAGUAGAAUCAGUUUCCUCCUCUCCUCUGAGAACCUCAUUUACAGAAAAACUUGGUUCAACCAGAGGAAACGUUCUAGGAAAAGGCGAUGCUUCAAAUGGAGGUCUUCCUAUAAUUGAUGAACGUAGGAGAUGCAGGCAUGGGGAAGAUGAUGGUCAGAUUAAUCAAUCUGGGACAGCAAGGAGGGAGAAAGUCUCUGGUGGCCCUCACCCUGACCACCUUAAAAAUUUUCCAUCAGAUUACCAGAAUGGAGGUGCUAAUCACAAAAUUGGUCAACCUAAAUGCUCUGAUUUGCUUAAUGGUGCCACUGAAAUCAUGGAAAAUCAUCAGUUCUCCAGUGAUCUGCCUUCUACUCAGAACUGCCGUGAUGAGGCCAAAGCAGAUAGGAAACACCAUGAGAAUGUGUUGUUCCAACAGAAAUUUGGUAAAGGUUCAUCUUUACGGUUGAAGCACAAUGACAGGAAUUCCACAUCUGAUUUUGAUAGAGAUGACAGUAAGUUUUCUGAACCAGUGAAUGAACAUUGUGAGUUUUCAAAGAAGAGCAUAAGGUAUGACUCAGAGAUCGAUCCAAGAUCUCAUGCACUGUGUAAAAGAAUAAACAAUGUUAAACACAGUAUUCCUGAAAAGCCCAGCAGUAAGUCAAGUAAGGAUGAGAAGAUUCUUGUAAGCUCUAUAGGAUGCUCAAAAGACAACAGAAUUGCAAAUGAUGAUUCAGAUGCACAAAGGAGUGCCAAACGCAGCAGGAAGUUGGAUGCUGCUCCAAAGGAGAAUCUGGUCCAGGAUUUUGACAGUCAAACUAAGAGGAAUACAAUACAAAAAGAGUCAAGAAGCGGGACCCCAGAUUUGUUUGCACAUACUGAACGGGAGGCUAAACAUGAUAGUCAGAGUCACCAAUCAGUGUCAGGCUCCCAGCAGGAAGAAGCAUCUAUUGGUUUUAGGGUUCAUGCCUCUAGCAGCAAUGAAAUGUCAAAGGCAUCAAGACACCCUGGAAAUCCUGCGAACAAGAGUGGAGCUCACCAAAGUUUGGCUCAUCGUGUGCUUGAUAUGAGAGAGGGCAGAGAUCUUAAUGCUCCAAGUCCUGGGGGAACAAAUUCCUCCAGUCAAUCUGCUUCUAAUGCCCUGAAAGAAGCCAAAGAUCUGAGAGACUAUGCGGAUCGUCUUAAGGUAUCUGGCUUUGGUUUUGAAAGCAAUGAAACAAACUUCCAAGCUGCUCGGAAGUUUCUUCAUGGAGCUUCUCUUCUAGAAACUAGCAAUGAGGUUGGCAGGCAGGUGGAGAUGACUCAAAUGCAAGUUUAUAGUACAGCAGCUAAACUUAGUGAAUGUUGUGCCUUGGAAUAUGAAAGACGUCAUGAAAUGGCCGCUGCUGCUUUGGCAUAUAAGUGUGUGGAAGUUGCAUAUUGGAGAGUAGUCUACUGCAAAAAUUCUAGCUUAAGCCGAGAUCGAAAUGAGUUGCAAGCAUGCGUACAAACUUUUUCCCAGGGUGAAUCACCAUCAUCAUCUGCAUCAGACAUUGAUAACUUAAAUAAUCAAGCAACAAUGGACAAGGCUGCUAUAUCCAAGGGCACAUUUUCUCAUAUUGCUGGAAAUCCGGUCAUUGUUGCAAGAAAGCACCCAAAUUUUCUUCGGCUGCUUGACUUUAUGCAAGAUGUGAAUUUUGCGGUGGAGGCUUCAAGAAAAUCCCAGAAUGCUUACUCAGCUGCUAAUGCAGCUUUGGAAGAGGCAGAAAAUAGUGAUUGUAUUGUAUCUGUUAAGAAGGUAAUUGAUUUCAGCUUCCAAGAUGUGGAGGAGCUCAUACGACUGCUUCAGCAUGCAAUGGAGGCUAUAACCCGUGCAGGUCUGGUUGGUGCUAGAGAUUAACUCAACUCUGUAUAUACUGUGCCUUUGUCUGGUUUAUUCCCCAUAAUGGAUGCAUGGCGUCAAGGAAAAGAAAGGAGAAGGUGCUGCCCAUUUAGAGAUGCAAUUGGAAACCGGCAAAGAUGCAGGUUGCCAGCAGCUCAUACCUCUGUAUAUGUGUACAAAGUGAGAUUGAUUUGCUGAUUUUGUAGUGUAUUGUCUUUGACAUGGAUUAAGGCAAAGCAGGCUCACCCUCAAGGUUUUGGGUUUGGAAAAGAGGGAUAAGAGAUCUUUGUUCAGCAACAGAAUUCGGAGGAUAUGUAACAAAUCAUUCUCUGUUAUAUAUUAUAUAGCUAUAUAUAUGUUCUUUUUUGGCCCCAUUCAUUAGGAGCCUGAGGAAAGAAAAUAUCAAAUAGAGACCGAAAUUCGUUUAGGCAACCAUUUUGAGGAGGUUGAAUACUGAUACAAUGAUGACUGAUCAAUUUUUAUGAAGAGCAUACCAUUUUUACCAUUUAUGUAAACAUUAAUGGAAUAGAAAAUGAAAUUCUUUGGAAGGUUCUCUUAUCUUUCUAGAGUUCUCAAGCUUUAGAUUUUGCUUUAUUUGAGCCAGCAUCACCUCUGUUUAACUGAAUCUACAGCUUCUUCCGUCAGAUGAUUCAGUUUGAUGUCCUCGCAAUUGUUAUUUUCUUUAAGUGAGAACAAAGAAUAAAGGGUUCUGAUCUCCUUGACCAAAGCUUUAACAGCACAAGGAUAUCAGCUCAUUGUACUUGAACAGACUACGCCGAUGCUUGGCUAACAGAAGUUCAGCCUAUUGCAGUUCAUUGCUUGGCUGUUUCUGCAGAGAGAUUUAUGAGCUUUCUUCUGCUUGAUCGUGAAAAUAUUCUGGUAAACACAGAGCAAAGUGUCACGGGCCUAGAGUCUUGCGCAGCACAGCGCCCAUGCGGCGCCCUGAGAGCCUGCUCACUUGGCAAUACUUUGGCUCUGAGGCAAGCCUUGCCAUACCGUACCACACUGGUUUCGCCCCGCGGCACAAUACCCCACCUGCACGCAGACUUUGGAUGGGAUAAGGGCCACUAGGGUGUAACAACGACUUGAUUGCUAAGCCGCCCCAACCCACACAGGUUGAAACACAGAUUGGUACACUCCUUUAUAAUGACCUAACACGGUCACGGAAUCUGUCCUCGACAAAAGGCUGUCUUUUUUUUUUUUUCCACAGUUAAUGCUUGGAGUUGAUUUUGCAGUAUGAUUUUGUUCUCCCCAAAACAUUUUUGACCUGUUUAGAGGAUUGAGAUCAAAUCGAUGCUUUAUUUGCAUUACUUGUACGAUAUUUGUAGUUUUCGUGCUAGUUUCGAUAUUCCUUUCAGGUGUAUUAUAAGUUGGCGUUGUUAACCGGGGUUCUGAACACAUGCUUGUGUUGCUAGUUGCAGGAAAUCCAUGGACAAGAAAAGUGAAGGAGUUGGAAAGAUAAGGAAAUAAAAGAAAAUCAGUUCCAUUUUAUUUA